GCAGCCUUCCCAACAGGAAAAGGCAGAAUUCCUUGUCUGAGCUGCCUCCUUGUCCCUGUCCCAUGCUGUGUAGUGUUGAAAGUUCCUGCUUCAGGUGGUGGACUUUGGCUCCUGGAGCUUAAGAGUAAAUUCCUUCUGUGCCUGAGGAAAGACCCAGGCUGGUCUGGCUGCUGGGAACAGCUGCAGCUGUUUUGGGAGUGUCCAUGGAAGGAGACCUGCUCUGUCUCCCCCUGACAUGCCUCUCUCCAGGUUCUCCAGCUUCAUCAAGGACCGCUCCAAGGCCCCUGGGCUGCCCAUGAAAGGCAAGAAGGCCUCCAGCUUCCACGAGUUUGCUCGCAGCACCAGCGACGCCUGGGACAUCGGGGAUGACGAAGACGAGGACUUCUCCUCCUCCUCAUCCUCUUUGCAGACUCUGAACUCUAAAGUGGCCAAGGCCACGGCAGCACAGGUUCUGGAGAACCACAGCAAGCUGCGGGUGAAGGCUGAGCGCUGCCAGCCUGCCCUGAGUGAGCUGCCCACCAACUGCAAGGUCAUCAAGUCCAGCAGCGAGGCCCAGCUCUCCAGGACCUCUGAGGAGGCCUGUGUGCGGAGCCCCCUGCAGAAGCAGCAGUCCCUCCCCCUCCGGCCUGUCAUUCCCCUGGUGGCUCGGAUUUCCGACCAAAACGCCUCCGGGGCUCCGCCCAUGACCGUGCGGGAGAAGACGCGCCUGGAGAAGUUCCGGCAGCUCCUGUCCAGCCACAACACCGACCUGGAUGAGCUGAGAAAAUGCAGCUGGCCUGGUGUGCCCAGAGAGGUGCGGCCUGUGACCUGGAGACUGCUGUCAGGUUAUCUCCCUGCCAACUCGGAGCGCCGCAAGCUGACCCUGCAGCGGAAAAGGGAGGAGUACUUUGGCUUCAUCCAGCAGUACUACGACUCCCGGAACGAGGAGCACCACCAGGACACCUACAGACAGAUCCACAUUGACAUUCCAAGGACCAACCCGCUCAUUCCCCUCUUCCAGCAGCCACUUGUCCAGGAGAUUUUUGAGAGAAUCCUGUUUAUCUGGGCCAUUCGCCACCCAGCCAGCGGCUAUGUGCAGGGCAUCAAUGACCUGGUCACCCCGUUCUUUGUUGUGUUCCUCUCUGAGCACGUGGAGGAGGAUGUGGAAAACUUUGAUGUGACAAACCUGUCCCAGGAUGUUUUACGGAGCAUCGAAGCUGACAGCUUCUGGUGCAUGAGCAAGCUGCUGGAUGGGAUCCAGGACAAUUACACCUUUGCACAGCCAGGAAUCCAGAAGAAAGUGAAAGCCCUGGAGGAGCUGGUCAGCAGGAUUGAUGAGCAGGUACAUAAUCACUUUAGGAAGUACGAAGUCGAGUAUCUGCAGUUUGCCUUUCGCUGGAUGAACAACCUGCUGAUGAGGGAGCUGCCCCUGCGCUGCACCAUCCGCCUCUGGGACACCUACCAGUCAGAGCCAGAAGGAUUCUCCCAUUUCCACCUGUACGUCUGCGCUGCCUUCUUGAUCAAGUGGCGGAAGGAGAUCCUGGAUGAGGAAGACUUCCAAGGCCUUUUGAUGUUGCUACAAAACCUGCCCACGAUACACUGGGGUAAUGAAGAGAUUGGGCUGCUGCUGGCUGAAGCCUACAGACUCAAGUACAUGUUUGCAGAUGCCCCAAACCAUUACCGCCGAUAGGGGCCCGGACUGGCUCCUCCCUCCUGUGCCCACCCCUCGUCCUGGCCUGAUCUGAUCACUGUGGCAUUUUUGUCAUCCUAAUCCUCGGACACUCCAGCCAGGAGCUGCUCCUUGCUGUACAAAGCUCACCUGAACUCUUGUCUUAACUCUGAACGUGUGCCUGUCUGCCACUCCAUGCGCUGGAUGUGCCAUGUUGACGACUCUCAG